UUGUCUGCUUAGCAUGCAAUUCACUCUGGCGCAAGUAACAAUUAUAACGUAUAACUAACUAACUGUACAAAACAAUAUGCUAAAAGUAUUACCAAUUCGAAAUACUGUACUAGCGUUCAACAUACGUAGUGUAUUGCGUAUGUUGGGCAGUUCUAUGAUUAGAAAUAACGUGGCCCACGUGUUGUCAUGGAGACGUUGUCACAAACCCGGCUAAGUACAAUCUAGGGAGCAGCAGUAGAAACUGCAUCGACGGUUACAUAUCACAGAACAGCUAAACAAAAUAAAAAAAAUUCAAAAAAUACGUAAUUGCAAAUAAUAAUAAUUGAAAUGGAAUAUGUUGGGAGCACCUAUGAAGGAGAUUACCAUAAUGGCAGGUUGGAAGGGAGUGGAGUGUAUACCCUCCAAACUGGGACUCGAUAUGAAGGGGAAAUGAAGGAUGGGAUGUAUCAUGGCAAAGGAACGCUCCACUUCCCUCUUGGAAAUAAAUAUGAAGGGAUUUGGGAAAAAGGAAUAGCAGUAGAGGGAAAGUACACAUUUGCAGACGGACUUAAAUACAAUGAUGAAGACUGGGAGUACUGUGACGGUUACGACAGGAUGUUUUACACAGAAAUCUGUAAUGGACUUAAACCAGCAGGUCGUUCACAGCUAACCAACUUAGACCCACCAAGAGAGAUCCCAGAGGGGUGUUAUGACUGUGGCGAUGGAUUUUAUAACCCCCAGACCAGAGUCAUCAUAGAUUACAAAAACACAUUUUUGAGAAAUGCAGAUGAUGAUGAGCAUGAAUGGAUUGUCAGGACCUGUCGAAAAAGUUGGGAUGAGAUAACUGGAUACAAGCCUAAACAUUAGCGACAGACAUUCUCUGCUUCUUCAUGGUUUAUCUUUUUUU